AUGAGUGCAGAGAUGAAGGUUGAAGUCAUUUCCAGAGAAACAAUUACACCAUCCUCUCCAAGCCCUCCCCACCUGAAAAGGGUAGAAUUCUCUUUGUUUGAUCAGGUUAUUCUUGAACAUUAUGUCCCACUGGUUCUUUUCUAUCCCAACCAUGCUGAUCAUCAUGAGGUCGAUACCGAUCACCAGUCAUUGAUAGCAAAGAAAUCCAGCAUUUUGAAAGCAUCACUAUCUGAAACCCUCACUCACUUCUAUCCCUUAGCAGGGGAAUUCCAAUACAAUGAUUCAAUCUGUUGCGAUGACCGUGGGGCUGCGUUCAUUGAAGCCAGGGUAAAUUGUCGAGUAUUGGAGAUUUUGAAAAGCCCGGAUACUGAGAUGCUAAAAUGUCUGUUUCCAGCUGCGGUAGACUCCACUCAAGCACUUACAGGCUAUCUUCUACUGGUCCAGGUCAACUUCUUUGAAUGUGGUGGAUUGGCAAUUGCAAUCAACAUUUCACAUAAGGUGGCGGAUGCUUUUACCUUCAGCAGAUUCAUAAAAAGCUGGGCUGCGGCAGUUGCCCUUGGCUCCAAAUGUACAACUGAUCAUCAUCCAAUAAUGCAUCCAAUAGAGUUUGGUGCUGCGGCUUCACUUUACCCAGCACAGGAUUUCUUAAACGCACCAAGAAAGUUCCAGAAAAGGGUUCCAGAAAGUUGCACAACAAGAAGAUUCGUGUUUGAUGCGUCAAGUAUUGCUGAUCUCAAGUCCAAAGCUACUAGUGCUGCCGUGCCAAGUCCAACACGCAAUGAAGUAGUGUCAGCACUCAUCUGGAAAUGCGCCAUGGAAGCAUCAAGAUCAAACUCGGGUUCAAUAAGGCCUUCCUUGUGGAGUCAAGCGUUGAACAUGCGAAAAAGAUCAGGGCAGGAAUUUACAGAAAACUUAUUGGGGAAUUUUGUUUGGUCCAUGGCAGCAGUAACAACAGAAAGUGAAGUAGAUCUUCGAAGUUUGGUUGCUAGGUUCCGGAAAUGCUUGGAGGCCUAUAACGUAACCUAUCCUAAUGGAGUUACUGCAGAGCAAGCCUAUCAAAAAAUCAAAGAGUCUGCUGGGAACUUCUUGGCAAACAAGUGCAUGGACAAGUAUAGUUGCAGCAAUUGGUGCCGAUUUCCCUUCUAUGAAACAAACUUUGGCUGGGGAAAGCCAUCAUGGGUAAGUAUCCGGAGCUUCCCAUAUAAAAAUACAGUUAUAUUGAUGGAUGCAAAAGAUGGCAAUGGAAUCGAAGCGCACUUGACUCUCUUAGAAGAAGACAUGGCCAUAUUUGAAAGCAAUAAGGAGCUGAUUGCUUAUGCAUCUCUGAAUCCAAGUGUCAUUUAA